AUGGGCAACACUUCCACAAAAGAGUGCCGCCCUCAUUAUGAACAUGGCGCGCGACAUUCGCGGGGCGGCUCCGCGGUAGACUACGAACAUCAAAGGACUUCCGAUAACGCACGUACGGGCAGUUCGUCGCGAACUCUACUCAACAACCGGCCCGAACUAGCAAUUCUCGGCCUCACAUCGGAUAGGGACCAACCAUCAGUAGAACAUCGUCGUGAGACGCGACAAGAAAGGGAGGCUCGGAAGCGAGAAAAGGAAAACGCCGCCAGAAUAAAAGAGCGUGAACGAAGCAUGAAGGAAGAACAUGUCGAUGGCGCCUAUCUGGUAACACAAGGAGUCUAUGUUGGCCCUGAGGAUUACAAUAAGGCGAUUGUCAGACAGUUGAUGAUUGAACGGCGUCUUGCUCCGUUUUGGAAGGGCCUGAACGAUUUUUCGGAUUCAUGGACGGAACAUCAACUGAUGGCUGCCGCUCGAGGAAUGCCAAUUCCAGCACCUGACGAAGUUCCUCCUGAGCUGGAGUAUAAAAUACCUUCCAAGGCUCCCGAAGAGAGACAGAUUUCUGACAGAAGCCUUAACACCCUCAUGGUCCCGAUCACCUCGAGAUCCCAGUCUUACAAUUCGGAUACCUCCUCUAUCAACCGGACUAUAUCACCUGCACGAUCUCCUGGUGCUCUGAGCCCGACAAGCUCCUUUUUCCGAGGCCGUGCCAAAACAUUGGCGUCUCUAACUACCUCCUCUAAGACGAAUGUCACAGAGAUGGCACCUCGUGAAAUUCAGCUUCCGAAAGACCCUUUUGUUAAUGGGCAACCGCUUGAAGCAUACCUGUAUAAGGAUGCAUCUGAGUGUCCCAUUUGUUUCCUCUAUUAUCCCCCAUACUUGAACAAGACCAGAUGUUGCGACCAACCCAUCUGUUCGGAAUGUUUUGUCCAGAUUAAACGCCCUGACCCCCACCCUCCUGAACACCACGAUCCCAACAAUUCGGAAAAUAACCAGUCAAAUGAACCAGAUGGACAGCUUGUCUCGGAGCCUGCUGCAUGCCCCUUUUGCGUACAACCGGAGUUUGGCGUUACUUAUUCACCACCUCCGUUUCGCCGGGGAUUGGUCUACGCACCGAAUGCCAGCGCCCAAGCUCUUGCGAAUUCCUCGGCUGCCUCUUCGGCUUCAUCGUUGGUAUCUGGAGGUGCAAAUCCAACGACGAGACGACGUGCCGUGUCAAUAUCUGCUGAUUCGCCCAGUGUUAUCACUACCGACAAAGUUCGUCCAGAUUGGGCAACUAAACUCGCUGCUGCGAGAGCCCAGGCUGCUAGAAGAUCUGCGGCUGCCACAGCACUUCAUACCGCUGCUUACUUGAUAAAUACUCCGGGAGCCUCUGGCGAGCCUAGGAGACGUAGCAUGUUACGACGGACAGCAGGCCAAGAUAGCCCUAUAAGUCGAACGGGAUCCCCACAUAUCAAUGCCCUCGCAUACCUGGCGGAACGACGAGCCAUUGCAGACCGCGAAAAUGAGUCUCCAGCGGAUGGCUCCGGUAACCGUGCUCCUGGCCGCACUAGCUCUCGCCGCAGUAGGAUUGAUGAAUUAGAGGAAAUGAUGAUGAUGGAGGCCAUCAGAUUAAGUUUGGCAGCAGAGGAAGAACGACGUAAAAAGGAGGAGAAAGAGGCGAAAAAAGAAGCUAAACGUCGGGGAAAGGAGGCCAAAAAGGCUGAAAAGCAUGCAAGGAAGUCUGGACUUUACAGCAACAACCCCAGUAAUAUUGCGUUAAACGUUCCGUCCAGCAGUGCAACCACUCAGACAGCGACGAAGGCGAACCUUGAGCUCGAUAAAUCCUCGAAUAAAGGCAAAGGUGUGGACCGUUCGGAGGCUAGAUUGGGUGCGGUGACGGAGACCAACCCUUCAAUCGAACCGUCAAAACUUGCUUCAAAGGACACGAACUGCGAGCAAACUAGUGCGACAGAGGGAUGUGACAGAAGGACUCAUCUCCGACACGUCUCUAGCGCAUCGUCAUCAAGCUCAUCGCUUGUUGAGUCUGCCUUUGGAGAGUCAAUUGGGUCCAGGACGCCGCAUAACGGGUCGAGCUCGAAUCUAGCGCCGAUUCAUGGGUUCAGAAGCCUCGCUGCUAUGAUUGAUGACACGACCCCUAGCGAAUCCGCUGAAAAUACGAAUCAUCCGGGAAGCUCAAGCGACCAAACAAUAUCUUCAGCGGUAGCUGAGCAGCCUGACGAUCCUCUAACAGCUGAGUCAGGUCGGCCUACGCCGCUCUCCCCUCCUCCUCUAGACCGAAAAGACACCCUUGGCAAAGAGGCGGAUAUGUCUUCAACGGAAGUACUUCCUCAAUCAAAGCUUGGCACUGCAAGUUAA